AUGGCGGACCAAUCCGAAAAGAACGAAAAGACGCUCGAAAGGUCGGCUGAUGGCGAGCUCAGCGGCAGUGAUGGUGCCGAGAUUGACUUCGUCGAAUGGACUGAGGAUGAGGAAAACAGGUUGGUCCGAAAGCUGGAUUUUCUCCUGAUGCCGCUUCUCGUUCUCGGGUUCUUCGCCCUGCAGCUUGAUAGAGGAAAUAUUGGCAACGCCCUGACGGACAACUUUUUCAAGGAUGUGGGGAUCACGCAGAAUCAGUUCAACGUUGGCCAGCAGCUUCUAUCACUUGGUAUCAUUCUUCUCGAAAUCCCGAGCAAUUUGAUACUUUACCGCAUUGGGCCCACGAUCUGGAUUGGUGGACAAAUCAUCGCAUGGGGACUUGUUGCAACUUGCCAAGCUUUUCAAAAGGGCCUCCCUGCGUACAUGGUGACCAGGCUACUCCUAGGUCUAUGCGAAGCAGGAUUUAUUCCGGCGUGUCUCUUUACUAUGACGAGGUGGUAUAAGAGUAAUGAAACGAGCAAGAGAUUUUCGUGGUUCUUCAUCGGCAACACCGUCGCCUCUGCGAUGACUGGUAUCAUUGCGUACGGCAUAUUACACAUGAGGGGUGUUGCUGGACUCGCAGGCUGGCAGUGGCUAUUCAUCCUCGAAGGAAUCUUCACCAUCCUCGUGGGUUUCGCAUUUCUAGCCGUGUUCCCAGAGAGCGCGUCCCACCCCGUGUCCCUCCUCAAGCUUCGAUACUUCUCCGAGCGGGAGUCACGUAUCCUCCACCAGCGAGUCCUCAAGGACGAUCCGACAAAGGCGCAGGCCUCGAGGAACGUCAAGUGGGCUGAGAUCAAAGGCGCGCUCACCAACUGGCGCCUCAUCCCCCACAUCGGCUUCACUAUCGUCGGCCUCGCGCCGGCAUCCGCCUUUGGAUCCUACGCCCCGACUCUGGUGGCCGGGUUCGGAUUUGAAAAACUCCGAUCCAACGCGCUGUCGUCGAUUGCGAAUCGAGCCCUUGUACAUUCCACGGAUGCAAACCUGCGAUAUGCCAUCCUCACAAUCUCGAUUGCUGUAUCCUGGCCAUGGCAUGCUGUGAACGGUUCCUGGCUCGCGCUGAACGCCAAGUCCGCAGGCGAACGCUCCGUCACCCUAGCCAUCCACAUCAUGUCCGCCAACUGCGCCGGCAUCGUGGGCAAGCAGCUUUUCCGCUCCGAGGACUCGCCGCUCUACGUAAACGGCUUCACAAUCAUCGUGGGGCUGACCUCGGCCGCCGUCGUGCUUUCGGGACUCGCCAACCUUCAAUACUUUCUCCUCAACGGACGCAAGUUUGCGCGGUCCGGGCUCCAGUACACGUACUAA